UGCGAUGCCAAAGGUCACGUGAAAGAACGCGUACUUCCUUUCCUGUAAGCGGCGGCCAUUGAGUAUCAGCAAAAUGGGCAAGUUCAUGAAACCUGGAAAGGUGGUGAUGGUCCUGGCUGGACGCUAUGCCGGGCGCAAGGCAGUCAUUGUCAAAAAUAUCGAUGAUGGCACCUCAGACCGCCCUUACAGCCACGCCCUGGUGUCAGGCAUCGACCGCUACCCUCGCAAAGUGACCACCACCAUGGGCAAAAAGAAGGUCGCCAAGAGGUCCAAGAUCAAGGCCUUUGUCAAGGUGUACAACUACAACCACCUCAUGCCCACCAGAUACUCUGUUGAUAUUCCUCUGGACAAAACCAUUGUCAAUAAGGAUGUCUUCAGGGAUCCGGCCCUCAAGCGCAAGGCCAGAAGAGAGGCCAAGAUCAAGUUUGAGGAGAGGUACAAGACAGGCAAGAACAAGUGGUUCUUCCAGAAGCUGAGAUUCUAAACUUGCAUCUCUUUCAUUAAUAAAUGUGUAAAAUCCA